AUGCGUAUCCACUCAUUUUCUAUUGAUUUUGUUCAUCUAAGACAAGAGACAUAUACCUCCACCCCCAGCAACAGCAGCAGCAACAACAGCAGCAGCAGCAGCAGCAGCAGCGGCGGCGGUAGCAGGAUCCCCACCAGUACGCCCUUCGGCACACCGCUACAAGACGCUCAAAGAAGAGACUUUUGCUGCAAUUCUUUGUUUUAUAAUUUAAAGACAAAAGAAGUAGAAGACUGGAAUGAAAGGGGCGUCGCCGAUAUUAAUAACUGUCUCUUACGUGCUGCUGCACCUGUCCCUAAGGAGACACUCGAAGAAGAUCCCCUGCGUCUACUGCGGGCCAUUCGAUUUGCUGCUGCUCUCAACUUCCGUCUUGAACGCAGCCUUGCUGCUGCUGCUGCAGCAGCAGACGUGCAUGCAGCAUUAAGACAUAAGGUCUCCAAGGAGCGCGUCGGCAUUGAAAUCAAAAAAAUGUUCUCCGUAUCCACCAGAACACAAACUAGAGCGCCUGCUGCAGCAGCACCAACUGCUGCUGCUGCAGCAGCAGCAGCACCAGCUGCUGCAGGAACAGCAGCAGCACCAGCUGCUGCACCCGCAGCCACGCCUGCAGCUGCAGCAGCACCAAAUGCAGCAGCAGAUGCUGCUUUGCUUCUUCAGGAGCAGCAGAGGAAGCUGCUGGAAGGCCCUCUAAAGGGCGCUUUGAGAGGCAUGCUGCUGUUGCUGCAGCUGCAAGUGUGGGGUACAGUGACUGCGCUGCCUGCAGAUCAUGAGGUGUACAGACACCCUGAGGGUAUGGGGCUAUCCUGCGAGAGCAGCAAAGCACGAAAGGGCCUCAAGGCCCUCGCUGAAGAGCUUAAAAGGGAACACGAUCCCGUCGAUCCCAGCACUGAGUGCAGCAGUGUGGGGCCUCUUGGAGCGUCGACUCUGCUGGCUCUGAGACACCUAGUUGCUCGGCGGCUGCUGGUGCGGAAGCUCCAGCAGCAACAGCAACAGCAGCAGCAGCAGCAGCAGCAGGCUGCAGCAGCAGCGGCAGGAACUGCUGAAAUGACGGAGUUGUAUGAAGGUUUGAGUAGAGGAGUUGAGAUGAAGGAGGGGGACAACGCACUGCGCCAGCUGCUGUUUGCUGCUGUGCUGCAUCCGCUGAAGUGUCUCCUUGCGGUGUCUCCAACUGCCCCGCGUGUGCGGCCCCUAGAAGGAGACAUUGUUGCUGCUGCUUGGAAGCUCCCCAAUGCUGAUGCAGCAGCAACAGAAGACUUUGUACGGCAUGCAGCGCUGCUGCGAGCAGCAGCAGACGAAGAAGCAACCCUGCAGCAGCAGCAGCAGCAACAGCAGCAGCAGCAGCAGCAGAGGGUCCGUCUGGGGCUGUUGAUACGUGACGUCGGGCCCCAUUGGAAGGAGGCCAUCCUCUUAGCAGCAGCAGAAACCCUGGGGGCUUUGAUCAGCAGCGACGCUGCAGCAGCAGUUGCUGCAGCACACGCAGCAGUGACUGGGGGGCGCUGCGCAGCUGCAGCAGCAGCAGCAGCAGCAGCAGCACAGGAGACAGAAGCGCAGCAGCAAUUGCGACAGAAUAAGAGAGGCAAUGAAGUUGAAUGCCUUAAAGAGCAGAAGAAGGCGUGUGGCCUGGAUAGAGAAAAAGAGCUUCUUGGUGGAGAGACAACUGCAGCAGCAGCAGCAGCAGAUGAAAUUGCUGCUGAAGUGUCCAUAGAAGACCUCGACUAUCUCCUCCUCUCCAAAGAAGAGACAGCAAAGGAGACACUCCGCCGCCUGCUGUACCUCAAGGAGACAGUUGAAGCCCUCGAUCUUCAUGAUGUGUGGCGUCUGCAGCCGCUCUGCAACGGGAAAGAGGUGGCGGCAGCCAUCCCAGGCCUUUCGGGGGUCGAGUUGGGGGCUAUGAUGGAGCAGCAGGUGUGUGUUCUUGUAGAAGAAUAA